UGAGCAAGUUAGUCGAGUAUUAACUUAGUCGUCUAGCCAGUCGCCUGGGUGCUAGUCGAAGAAAGUGGAAAUUAUGAAAUAAUUUUCAGCGCGAGUGCUAUAUAAAACAAACGAAAAAAUUUCGUAAGAUCAUCUCGAGAAUCGAAAGAAAUACAUAUACCAUAAUUAUUAGCCAUGGCAACCGAGACUACCAAAAUGAUCUAUCUACCAGCAGACAUUAAAAUGGAAGUUGAAAUCGGUGAACCGCCACAGCCACCAGUGAAAUGUUCCAACUUCUUCAGCAAUCACUGGAAGGGCCUUGUGGUCUUUUUGGUUCCUCUGCUUUGCCUGCCCAUAAUGCUGCUGAACAAUACACCCGAAUAUCGCUGCAUGUACCUGCUAUUGGUGAUGGCCGUGUUUUGGGUUACAGAAGCCCUGCCACUCUAUGUGACCUCAAUGAUACCCAUUGUAGCGUUCCCUGUGAUGGGAAUUAUGAGCUCCGAUCAGACCUGCCGUUUGUACUUUAAAGACACGCUGGUCAUGUUCAUGGGUGGCAUUAUGGUGGCCCUGGCCGUGGAAUACUGUAAUCUGCACAAGCGCCUCGCGUUGAGGGUAAUCCAGAUCGUGGGCUGCAGUCCCCGAAGAUUACACUUUGGCCUGAUUAUGGUUACUAUGUUCCUGUCUAUGUGGAUCUCGAACGCCGCCUGCACGGCUAUGAUGUGUCCGAUUAUUCAGGCUGUGCUGGAGGAGCUGCAGGCCCAGGGCGUCUGCAAGAUCAACCACGAACCCCAGUAUCAAAUGGUCGGCGGCAACAAGAACAACAACGAGGAUGAGCCACCAUAUCCCACCAAGAUCACUCUGUGCUACUAUCUGGGCAUUGCCUACGCCUCAUCGCUGGGCGGCUGUGGAACCAUCAUUGGCACUGCCACCAAUCUCACUUUCAAGGGCAUCUACGAGUCGCGUUUCCCCACCUCUACCGAACAGAUGGACUUCCCCACAUUCAUGUUCUACUCCGUCCCAUCGAUGUUGAUCUACACAUUCCUGACAUUCAUCUUCCUGCAGUGGCACUUUAUGGGCCUGUUCCGACCCAAGAGCAAGGAGGCUCAGGAAGUGCAGUUGGGCAAGGAUGGCGCCGAUGUGGCCAAGAAGGUGAUCGACCAGCGUUACAAGGAGUUGGGCCCCAUGAGCAUCCACGAGAUUCAAGUGAUGAUUCUGUUCAUCUUCAUGGUCAUCAUGUACUUCACCCGCAAGCCUGGCAUCUUCCUAGGCUGGGCCGAUUGGCUGAACACCAAGGACAUUCGAAACUCUAUGCCAACUAUUUUCGUCGUCAUUAUGUGCUUCAUUCUGCCGGCCAACUAUGCUUUCCUGCGAUACUGCUCGAGGCGUGGUGGUCCAGUGCCCACGGGUCCGACUCCCUCUCUGAUUACCUGGAAGUUCAUCCAGACUAAGGUGCCAUGGGGCCUGGUGUUCCUUUUGGGCGGUGGCUUUGCCCUGGCCGAGGGCAGCAAAGUGAGCGGCAUGGCCAAGCUGAUUGGCAACGCCCUGAUUGGCCUGAAGGUCUUGCCAAAUGCUGUACUCCUGCUGGUGGUCAUCCUGGUUGCUGUUGUGCUCACGGCCUUCAGUUCCAAUGUGGCUAUUGCCAACAUUAUUAUUCCCGUACUGGCGGAGAUGUCUCUGGCCAUUGAGAUUCAUCCGCUGUAUCUGAUUCUGCCCGCUGGCCUGGCCUGCAGCAUGGCCUUCCACCUGCCAGUGAGCACGCCGCCCAAUGCUCUUGUGGCCGGCUAUGCCAACAUUAGAACAAAGGACAUGGCCAUUGCUGGAAUCGGCCCAACCAUUAUCACCAUCAUUAUCCUGUUUAUCUUCUGUCAAACCUGGGGACUGGUUGUCUACCCCAACCUCAACACGUUCCCAGAGUGGGCGCGUCUCGCGGCAGAAGCAGCUGUCAACAAGACACACUAGUUAGUUAGUCCUUAGUCCUAGAAACACAUUAAACACAAACCGAAAAGUUAGGGAAUUUUACAAGAAUAGUGCCUUUUGUUGAAAACAACAGAGAGAGUGAACAGAGCAGAGAAGAGAA